AUGCCGUCCAAAAGAAGGCGCCCGGCGCUAGACUCUCCCGCACAGAACCACGCCGCAUCAUCCUCGUCAUCAUCCUCCUCCGCACAGCUGAACGGUAUUCUACCAACAACCCCGACGCAUCAUAUGGCAUUGGUGCAGACCGGGCAGCAAUCUCCCUCGUUCUUUCAACGCGUCGCUCACUACGCCCGCCUCUUUACACCUUCUCGCAAGCGCCCGCGCAUCGACUCAGCCUCUAGCUCCUUACGAGACGCUUCGCCUUCCGCCAGAAUACUAGCUUCCGACGACACCCCAGAAGCUCCGGCCAGCGGCUUUGUCGAACUCACGCCUUCCCGAUCCUCCCAGUCCUCGGCUCUUGCUUCCGCAUCGCCCGCCGACAAACUCGCCGCGCACUUGAUCUUCCCUCAAGAAGGCGCCAUUCGCGAUCCUCUCGGCCGCACAUCGGUCGGAUCGCCCCUCGGCGCCCGCUCGGUCUCCAUUACCGACACCCGCAGCUCGUCCGAGGAGGCCGCAGAGAUGCAGAUCGAAGCUCCCUCUUCCGCCUCGAGUCCGAGUCCUCCCACCAACGCCGAACUGCCGCCAUUGCUCAUCGAGUCCCGCAACACCGACGGAAAACAACCUGCUGAUGACCAGAAUGCAGCUCAGCCAAGUUCAGCCGCACUACCAUCAUCUCCACUUGGUCCGCUUCCACCAACUCCUAGCACCGAGGCAUCGUCCCAGCUGGCUUUGCAGCCAGUCGACCACAAAGACGCUCCCCAACAGCCAGCUCUGCAGUCAGACACUCCCAAGCCAAGCGCCGAAGCAGACCUGAUUCCAUCAGCGACCGCCGAGACUGACGACAUGGCCGCCUCGGAUGCGCAUUCACACUCGUCCUCAUCCGUGCACGACGAUUCCAAGAGCAGCAAUGCCAACGCAGCUCUUCCCACAGAUGCCGACGUCGACCACAUCCAGGCCAUCUCGACUGCCAAAGUCGGCGACAACAUCGAGGGCCUCCUCACCUGGUCAGCACCGCUCACCACGCAGGACGUCGAGCCGCCCUCAGCUUCGCCCUCCGAGGCGGCUGACUCUGCGUCAUCGACAGCCGAGUCGGGGACGCGGCCGGAUCCGCCCCCGGUCGCUGCCAACAACGUCGUCGACAUGACCGGCCUCUCGGACGACUCCUCCUCGAGCGAAGACGACGACCCGGACAAGGAGAACGACAUCUCGCUCGUCCAACCCUCGCCCCUCCUCACCUCGGACGCCACGCUGACGUCGUUCGACAACUUUACCCCUUCGCAGCCAGACUUUCGCGCGCCGCAGUCGAGGCACUCUUUCGGCGGGCCUAUGACGCAAGCGGCUCUGCGAGAGCAACGCAGUGCGGCGCAUCACUCAUCCCGAUUUGCGACGACGUUCGGCGCCGCUCAAGAUGGUUCCGCAGACGAAUUGGCAACCGAGCAGAUUCGAAGCAUCGGUCUGCAGAGCAUCGGUCGGCAGACCUCCUUCGUCCAACCUGCCCGCCAUCGCCUGCCGCAGGCCUCCACGCCUCGUCAAAGCCUCCCAUCGCCCGGGCUUCAUCGCUCCAUGUCCAUCGACAGCACCGCCUCCUCCCUUGCCUCGGACGCCACAGCUCACCGCAAGAGGAGGAGCUCCGGCAUCGGCUUCACCAAACGCACCCACAUUUUCCAGAAGCAGCAUGCACAGGUCGUAAGCGCCUACAAUCUCGAUGCCAUCAAGGCAUCGCUCAAAAAGAUCAACUUCAUGCGCACGUCGCAGCGCAAGACGCUGCUCACGCAGGAACAGUUUGUCGGCCUAGCACUCAAGAGGAGGCAGGUGCAGAGGUUCAUCGAUGGCGAGAACAAGCAUCCGGCGUCGCGCGAUGAUUCGAUAGAGAUCCUGAUGCGCAAGUUCAUGCGCCAGAAGCAGAUCGAUGCGCAAUCCGCCGUGCUCCCCGUCUCCGGCCCCAAGCUGGUCCAGAUGGAGAGGCUGGCGCGCGAACGACGCGCCCAGGCAAAGAAGCUGCGCGGCGUGCUUGGCAGGCAGGCGCUGCCUGCUGAGCUGACCGAAGAGCAGGACAAGAUGGCCAGCGCCACACUCUCCAAGCGCGGCCAGAUUGCGGCGAUUCCCGGUGCCCAGGUGGAGGACCAUGAUGUGCAGAAGCUGCGUCCGCGCCAGUGGCUCAACGACGAAGUUAUCAACUUUUACGGCAACCUCAUCCUGCAGCGCGCCAACGAUGCCGACAAGCGCCGCACAGAGGCCAUGAAGACAGCCACGUCCGACGCGAGUGCCGCGCCCGAAAAGCCAUUGGUGGGCAAGUCGGCUCGGGCUGGCGGCAAACCGCAGCCAAAGCGGCCGUACGACGCAGCGCUCGAUGCCUUCUGGCGCGUGCACUUCUUUUCUUCGUUCUUCUGGGAGAAUCUCAAGAACCGCGGCUUUGACGGCGUCAAGCGCUGGACGCGUCGCAUCGACAUCUUCACCAAGGACCUCGUGCUCUUCCCCAUCAACCUUGGCAACUCGCACUGGGUGUGUGGCGCCAUCAAUCUGCGUCGUCGGCGCUUCGAGUACUACGACUCGCUCGGUGCGCGCAAUCCGCGCGCCUUUGAGCUCAUGCGCACCUACCUCGCCGAAGAAGCCAAGGACAAAAAGAAGAAGCACAUCGACCUGCGGGGCUGGCGCGAUGUGUUUAGCGACGAGUCUCCGCAGCAGGAGAACGGAUACGACUGCGGCGUGUUUGCCGCCCAGACGCUCGAACAGAUCAGCCGCCGCGACCCACAUACGCCGAUUCCGAUGGAUCCGCCGACGAUUUCGUGGUCUUCGGACGAUAUCGAGGCGGACGCAGGCAGGAUGAAGAUCACCGGCGCCGACGCGGAAGAGGACGACCACGAUGUGGAUGAGUACGAGUGGAAUUUCGGCCAGGAGAACAUGCCGUACCUUCGCCGAAGAAUGGUGUACGAAAUCGCCUCGCAGCGCUUGCUUGAUUGA